AUUCACCCGGUCAAAGUUUACCAGGCAAAACUCAAAUGGCCUGCAGUCCCAUAGCUUUUACUACCGAUAUCCUCGGAAAAUUGUCGAUUCUUCAGUAACUAAGUGGGGUUGUGCCAUGCAAAACCAACAGUACCAUUCUCCUAAUGUUGGGUCGCUCUCGUCGCCUCAGCACUCUACCCAGCUUGAUCGUAAUCAAGAUCAGCAGCAGGCUAGCAACAACCUCCAGUCCUCUCAGCACCAAGAGUCCAUCUCGCCUGAAACCGGAAGAUCGAGACAGUAUUCCGCCCUAAACAAGGUCUCUGAGAACCCGCAGUUCAGCCACAUCUUCCGCAAAUACAACCCUAACCACAUUCAGAGCGCGCUGGCGCUUUUCCGCGAGAAGGAGGAUCUUCUUAGGCCCUUUGAGAAAUUCUCUGACGUGGAAAUGGAUGGCAUCGCAAGACUCUUGCGGAGCUGUCCCGAGAAGUUAGCUGCCGUGUUGGAUAUCUGGGCGGAUCACAAAUCAUUCAUCCAUGAAUUCAAGGACUACGAAGACGCUGAUCUUCAAAAUGUGUUUGAACAAUCACACAAUCGUAUUAGGACAUUGCCAAGCCCCAUCAUACUCCCUGCCAAACGCCUCCAAACACAACCGCUUUCCCGCGUUCAACAUCCGUCACAAACAUGUCUGGUUCUCGAUAUUUCUCCAACAUCGUUACCACUAUCCUCCACGGAAACACCAAAAGAAGCUAGCAAUAGCGAUCAGGUUCCUAGGUUCCGCUGCACUUAUAUUUGUGGCCGAACAUUCAGAAGAGAAGGACAUCGCAAUAACCAUGAGCUCACCCAUCAUGACGGCAAAAGGAAGAUCGCCUGUCAACACACUGGAUGCAAAGGCGAAGUUGGCACAGAACCCGCGUACAUCGUCCAUCAUAACAGAAAACACAAACAUUGUGAUCUACAAGAGAGCUGUCGACAUAGCGGCGAAUAUCUUCGCCCCCCCAAAACUGCCAGCUCCUGUGGCUAUUGCGGGAAGUUGUUUGAAGGCGAAUCAAAUUUCAAAGAUCGGGGUGAUCACAUCACGAGAGACCAUCACACGCCAAAGGACCCAAAAGAUCGUAAGACUGCAAGUGAAUGGUCACGCAACGUCCAACUCGAAGGCAAGAACGGAGCAGAGGGCAUGUUCUCGAGACAGGAGUUAGCCGGCUGGAAAGACUUCAAGAAAAAGCGAGCAUGGUUGCGUUGCGUCUCCUCCAACUUUUCUUGGGAAUGUGUCCCAGAAAAAAAAUGGAUAGACUUCCUUGAGACGAUUGAGCAUGGAGCUGUCAUUGGCAAUGGCACACACUGGGAAUUUACGGACGAUGUGGUGCAAUGUCCUCGUACUAUGCGAAGCGUGCCACACAAUCUAACGUCGAGCCCUCAGGGUUUCUGUGUGCCACAAAAAUGAGCUACGAAAGCGCUAUGCAACAGCCUCCUAACUCAAGCAACGACGACUGUGGUGAAAGCAGCGACUUGAACAACAACUUGAAUUCGGACCCCGCCCUACACCAAUGGGAACCUGUUGACCACGAAGGUCAAUGCAGCGACUUGGACAACAACUUGAGUUCGUACUCCGCACCACACCAAUGGGAACCUAUUGACCACGAAGGUCAAUGCAGGAGCUGUGAUAUUGAUACCACUAAUCACCUCACUUGCUCGAAAUGUAAUGGCCGUUCUUGUGGAGACUGCUGGGCACACUAUUUUUUUAUCUGUAACGACGAAUCAGAUAUUUAGUACAGUAUCCUGCCGAAACAAUCGUCUCAACUCGAUGCUUUAGCAUAUGUGGGACUCUCUAAUGUAAUAGCUUCGUAUUGCUAGAACUUGAAACGAUAUGCUGUAACCCAGUUCGUAAACAGAUAUUUGUCCUCCGUUCAUUAAUCUCGCUCCUCAGAGU